GUAUAAUUAAAAUAGAAUAAAGUGUGGACAGGACCAAAUCCUGAAUGAACCCCACCAUCCAGCCUUGCUGCCACCCUAUUUGCAUGCUUUUGUUCAUUUCUCUCUGACACCCUUUCCUUCAUUCAUUCUUCCCAUUCACUCACCUCUAUCUAUCUGUUCAUCUCCCAUUCUUCUCUCCUCCAUUUUCUCAUCCAAAUCCAUCACAAACCCUUAUAACAAACACCUCAUCUGCAUAUUCUCAAAAACUUUCACCCACUUCAAACAACUCAAACACAUCAAUGGCAGUUGAAGCUCGUCACUUUAACAUCUUCCAUCCUCAACAACUCAUACCCAAUAGAGAAACCUUAACCAACCCAAUGGAUGCCACCAUCAUGAACAUGUACGCCACGCAAACGGGUUUGGGUUUGGGUAAUUACUCGAUGCUGCCUCUCUCCGGCACCACCACCGCGUCGGAGACAUUUCUUCCGCCGCCUCACUUCAGCUCUCUACUCCAGAAACCCGCUGUUUUGGAAUCCGACAACAGUACUCUCUCCUACAACAACAAGGUUGUUCCCGUUUCCAGAAAACGCUCCAGAGAUUCCAUCCACGACAACAAUUUCCCUUUCCAUCCAUACCCUCAGAAGAAAACCGAUUCUUUCUCCUUCCUUGGCGAAGACAUUUCCUCUCACAUCCAUCGUCAACAGCUCGACCUCGAUGCCCUCGUCUCCCACCACAUGGAGAAGGUUAGGAUGGAGUUAGAAGAAAAGAGAAAGCGGCAAGCUAGAAGAUUGAUGGAGAGCAUUGAGGUGGAAAUGGCGAAGAGGCUGAGAGCGAAAGAAGAAGAGAUUUUGAAGAUAGAAAAAUUGAAUUGGGUUUUGGAAGAGAAAGUGAGAUCACUGAGCAUCGAGAAUCAGUUUUGGCGCGACCUGGCUCAGACCAACGAGGCCACCGCCAAUGUCCUCCGCACCAAUCUCGAGCAGGUCCUCGCCCAGGUAGCAGCGCCACCGCACACGGCUGAUGAAGAUGCGGAGUCGUGCUGCGGGAGCAGCGACGAGGGGUGGCGUACGUUAGCCACCGGGGCGCAGGACAAGGAAAAGGAAGGUUGCAGCGAAAUAAAAGAAAAUAUUAUUAUUAAUAAUAAUAAUAAUAAUAAAAACAAAUAUAACGAUAAUGGAAAAAGCGGUGGGAAGAGAUUGUGCAGAAAGUGUGGGGAAAAGGAAUCGUGCGUGCUAAUCUUACCGUGCAGGCACCUAUGUGUCUGCACAGGUUGCGGGUCUAGUUUAGACUCUUGUCCUGUUUGUAAAUCCAUAAAAAAUGCCAGUGUUCAUGUAAACAUGACAUUAUAAUCAUCAUUAAUUUCUCAAAAUGAAAUUAGAAGAAAAAAGAUUAAUUUUUAAUUU